GGAACUGCCUUGGGUGGAAGCUUUUUAGGCUUGGGCGGCCUCUUGUUGGGUUUUGGGCUUAAUGGACUUGCGUUACGUCGCGCUGGGCACUUUUGGUUGUUGCCUGAUCCAAAAAGGGGAGAUAUGCGUUUUUCGAUUUCUUGUGAUGUUUUCAGUUUCUUACCGAAGACUGAGAUUAGCGGUUGUGUAGAUUCUUUGAUCUUCCAUUGAGAAAGAUUUUUUUUUAGAAUUUCUGUUCGUGUGACGGCGGUUUAACGGAUUUCGUUUUGUUAAAGUUUUAUCCGAUGAAAGUACACUAUCUAAAGAUUGUGCUGGUGCAUCGGAAGAUAGUCUUGUGAAGAUUGUGCUCCGAAACGAGUAGAAGAUACUUUUUGUACAUUUACCUAAGAUUCGUUGGUUGUCAUUCUAGCAAUCUUUUCGAUUAAAAAAAAAACGUUAGAACUAUCAACGGAUUUAAUUAUGAGUGGCUCCUAUAAAUCAAUCGGACAAGAUUCGUUACUCAAAAGAAAUUCCAUGUUCUCGGGUGACUGACUAUUGGCUAAUAUUCAAAGCACAUUGUAUCUGAAUUCCGAAAUCCAUUGUUUUGAUUUCUUCGAUUUUUAUUGGUUUCAUAAUGUGAUGUUUUCGUUUGAUUAGCAACCAUUAUAAGGACUAUCGUUUGUUAUUAAAUAAUUUACAUUGGGGACGUGAACAGAACAUCAAGUAUGAAUUUUGAAAAUGAACCGCGCGCAAAUGUAUCUUUUAUGUGCUACUCGAGUCUUAUAAAAGUAGUGAUUAUAGAAAGUGCGACCCUUGGUGCUUCUUAAGGAUGUUGAAAGACAGUGAUUUUGAUUUUUGAUUCAGUGAUCUAGGAUCAUCUUGGAGAAGUGGAAAGUAUGCAGAUAUUGGCAGCAAAUCCACUAAAAUUUCAGAUUCAGAUCGACAUUUUCCACUAACUACGCUCUCAAAUAAAAUGAUUUCAAAUGGUAAUGUGACGGUAAAAUGGAAAAUCGCCAUAAGAGUCCUAAGAGUGAGUUAGGAAAAUGUAACAAAUUCCAAGGCCCAAAUAAGGCAAAUCAAAUUGCAUCACUGACCACAAGAAAAUGUCCCGACCAUGUGAGGAAAACGGAAAAUGCUAAUAAGACAUGCAGAGAGUGUUGUGGAGAAACAUUCCUUAAAUGCAAUUACAAGUACAAAAGAAGAAGUAAGAGUUCAGUGCAAGGUGAUGUGCCAAAGGUUGAUUGCUCCAACAAAAUUAGUAAUUGCUGCAGUUCGUGGUGCAGUCGUAGCCGUGAAAAUAUCGAGGAAAUACGCGCAGUGGAUUACUUAAAGUGGACAUUAUGUCGGUACGUGCCAUGUGCGAAAAUGUUAAAUAUCUGUUCGUUGAAUAUAAUUGUAAUUAUUGCAAUAAUCAUGCUGGGAGUUGCAGAUGUGAGUGAGGCUGGUAUCUGUUGGACUACAAGAGAAUCGAGCGGCAAAUGCACUCAACGAUUUUCUAGCAACAUGUCAGAAGAGGAAUGCUGUAAACAUCCGAGUUUCGCUUAUACAGAGCGAGAAAUGUCAGAUACGGAGCUAUUUUUUGCUGCCGCAAUAAAUGAUGGAGCUGUAUGUAAAUCCUGUUUAGAUUCAUGUGAAGCAGCGAAAUGUGGUACAGGCAAACGAUGUGUCUACAGAAAAGGGCGACCAAAGUGUGUAUGUGCUCCAGUAUGCCGUUCAUCUAAACAAAAAAAUCGUUCAUCCAACACGAAAGGUUUUCUUGCAACAACACCAACAAACUCACCGCCAAUUAUGCUCCCCAAGGAGCAACGACCGUUCCCGUCUUUCUUCAAUUUUGGUGGUAUGGACUUUGAUGCAGGAAACACUGUGCCUGGAAGAUCUUCAACUAAUCAUAAAAAUUCUACUAGUAUUAAUACAAAUAAUAACAAUUCCGAAGUACGAUGGCGACGUGAUUCCAAUGAACCUGUCGUUGAAGCUUUAAAAUCGAAUCGUAAUGAGACUGAUCAUUUGACGUCAACGAAACGUCGGAAAAACCAAAGAAAAUCAAAGAAUUCGUCAAAACGGCGAAAGAAUAGUACAACAAAAUCACCAUCAAGUAAGGUAUUGUCAUCCAGCUCUGAACGACAUGCUGAGGAUGCUGAAGCAACGGCAAAUGUGGAUCACCAGGGUGAUUCGCCGAAGAGUGGGAGGAUAAUUAUUAUGGCCGAUAAUUCGGAAAGGAGUUUGAAGGAAACGUCGCUACAAGACGGGAAGCUAUCGAAUUCUAGUUCAACGCCGCAUGGUACAAAGCAGACACAUCACAAUCGUCAUCAGCUGAAAAGAGACCAACAGAAGCAUCAUUCAAAGGCCACUGAUUCGGGACAGAGCGCAGUGUUACUGGACGAAAAAAUUCGGAGUGGCUUUUUCAACCAUGGCUUUCCUUAUCCGAGUGUCGAUGAUGUACAGCAGCAACAUGGUCAUGGACGAUACUAUAAUCCUGUUUGCGGUACAGACGGAAAAACAUACAAAACCGAAUGUCAGCUGAAGAAACGAGCAUGCCGCAGGGAAAGUACCACGCUAGCGGUCGCCUAUCGGGGACACUGUCAGACAUCUUGUAAAUUAGUUCGAUGCUUGAACAACCUGACAUGUGUUGAGGAUCAGUAUGGUUUGCCGCAUUGUAUUUCAUGUACAAUUUCGUGUCCCCAAGAUGAUGCGACACCCGUAAUUGAUCCAUCGAGAGCAGUAUGUGGCGUAGAUGGGCUGACAUACAAAAGCAUAUGUGAUAUAAAUCGUUUGAUUUGUACAACAGGUCGUUCUAUUGCCGUCGCCUACUAUGGACUAUGCAAAGAUGAAGCCAACUGCAACACAAUACAAUGCCGCGAUAAGGAAAUAUGCCUCAACGAUCUGCAGACGAAUAAACCACGUUGUAUCUCAUGCAGCUUUAAAUGUCCCCGGAAACGACGACCGCAGGGGCAACGGUAUCAGGAACAUAAGAUUUGCGGCACCAAUAAUUUAAGCUAUCAUUCUUGGUGCCAGAUGAGAAGAGAGUCUUGCAAUACAGGAUUUUAUAUUGAUGUCAAGCAUGUGGGCACGUGUCAUAAAAGUUCCGCGCCCUCGAAGCCGAAGUACACUUAGCCACCCCGGAGCGGACGUCCUGUACAUACCAAUUACACUAUCCCAUCUAAAUUGAACCUACACCUACGAUGUUUCCGCGUACACAGAUCCUUAUCAAAAUAUUGUUAAUUAAGUUUGCAUAAAGGCGUGGACGCGUGCAUUGCGUCCACCGAGUAACCACCGAUUGGUAAAGAAACCACAGAACUGAUUACAAUUAUUUAUGAAUUUCAUCAAAUCAAACAGAACAGUAAACGCAGUAACGAUCUAAAGAGUAAAAUUAGUGCAAAUGAAUUUAUUUAAGAUACAAUUUUCUAACGUCUAAAGUAAUAUUAUUUUAUAUUUAUUGAAUGGUCGCUAUUUAAGGUGGAACUUUUGAGAAUGGAUCGGGAAAUACUUCAGUCUUGGAAAGUAUCUUUUUUGUCAAAUACGGAAUAAAGUUAAAAUGUCGGCUAAGUUUUAAAGUGAAAUUAUUUAUUAUUUAUUCUAGCACCGGAAAAACGGAUUUAUCAGUAGAAUAAUAUAUAAUGGAAUCGUAUUUGGUAAUUUUAGACCUUUAGCUACUCGGUGUUAACAGAUCAUAAUGUAAUGGAAUCAUUUAGAUUAGUCUAAGCUGACUGAUAGAUUAACAUGAACUUAUAGAACGUACUAAAUAAAAACAUGUAGAACUUUGUGA